AUGCGACCGCUCGCUCUGGUCUUGAACGAAGUACGCCAGGAGAAAUGUGUGGUGGCUUCCGAGAGUAUGAGAAUUUGUUCCUGACUCAAUCGCAGAGUCUGAGCUAUGGCCCCACUGCUGUUCUCAACAGUAAACAUAGUGUACCCUUUCGCACGUCUCGAUUGCGCUCAUGUACUUCUUGCGAGUGGUUGGCACAAAUCACGGGGCACAGAAUGUCCAACGGUAGUAUGCUAGUAUGUCAUUCCACUGGAGGUGUUAUCCAUGACAACACCGAAAUUCCUUUCUUUGUCUGAGCAUAGUGCCGAGAGCUAAUCGACAGAAAAUGUUGCUGUUCGUUGAGUGUGA